GUAAACCAGUAAAUCGUAUAAGUAGCUGAUCUAUUCCAGUUCCCUGGGGCGUUGCAUGGGUGACACAGUGUGAAACCACAUCAGAGGUAACUCUGUGACCUGAAACAGAGGUACAUCUUCUUCCUCACCUAACUGCAAGUGAUAUCAAACCUGCUCAAUCUCCUCUGGGGUCCAGGUCCCCAACACGUCAACACUCUGACAGUGAGCAGAGUGGCAAAUGAAGAGAGGAAUGCGGGUGAGACUACGAGAAGAGUGUCCUGAGUCUGUGAAGGUGUUUCAAAUGAAGAGAGGAACGCGGGUGAGACUACGAGAAGAGUGUCCUUAGUCUGUGAAGGUGUUUCAGGUGUUCCGCUGUUUCGUUGGUAACAAUGGAUCACGUCAAGGCAACCACAGAUUACUAUAUUUAUGAAGACAACUACAGCUUUUCACCAGAAACAGGCAGUAGCCAAUCCAGUGGCGUGCCCUGCAACCAGGAUGGCAUCAUGGACUUCACCCGGAGCUACUCUCCUGUGGUCUACAGCCUGGUGUUUGUGCUGGCGCUGGUGGGUAACAUCCUGGUGCUGUGUGUGCUGAUGCGCUACCGCACCUCUCAGACAGGCGGGGCCUGCUCCUUCUCCCUCACCGACACCUUCCUGCUCCACCUGGCCGUGUCCGACCUCCUGCUGGCCCUCACGCUGCCCCUGUUCGCGGUCCAGUGGUCCCACCUGUGGCUGUUCGGUGUGGCCGCCUGCAAGAUUUCCGGAGCCCUGUUCUCUCUGAACCGCUACAGCGGCAUCCUGUUCCUGGCCUGCAUCAGCUUCGACCGCUACCUAGCCAUCGUCCACGCCGUCAGCACCGGCUGGAAACGCAACACCUGCCAUGCCCAGAUUGCCUGUGCCCUCAUCUGGACAGUGUGCUUGGGCCUGAGUGGGGUGGACAUCGCCUUUAGACAGGUGGUGGAGAUGGAAGUGGGGCGCUCGGGGGAUCAUCAGGGCCUGCUGGUGUGCCAGACUGUGUUCCCCCACAGCUCAAUGCAGUGGCAGGUGGGGAUGCCGCUAGUCAACUUGGUGCUGGGUUUUGGGCUGCCCCUGCUUGUCAUGCUCUACUGCUACAUCCGUAUCUUCCGCUCCCUUUGCAACGCCUCGCGCCGCCAGAAGAGGAAGUCCCUUCACCUCAUCGUCUCCCUGGUGUCUAUGUUUGUGCUCUGCUGGGCACCCUACAACUCCUUCCAAUUGGCCGAAAGCCUGAAGAAGCUGGGCAUGAUUAGUGGAGGCUGCCAGUUUGGCCGCACGGUGGACAUCGGGAUCCUGGUGUCUGAGAGCAUGGGCCUGUCACACUGUGCCCUGAACCCGCUGCUGUACGGCUUUGUGGGGGUGAAGUUUAGGAGGGAGCUGACCAGAAUGUGUAAGGGGCUGCUGGGACAGAGGUUCUAUCCAGGGAUGAACAGAUGGGGAGGACAGAGGAAAACACGGAGGACCACUGGGUCCUUCAGCUCAGUAGAGAGCGAGAACACCUCCCACUUCUCUGUCAUGGCGUGAACCAGCCACGUGCACAGAGAGGGGUCUACCUGUACCCGAGCACCUUUUUGUUGUUGUUCUGAACCCACAAGUCAUCGUAAAGUCAUCAAGUUCACCACCGCCAACCCCCAUCCCAUUGGUCUGCCCUGUACAGAGCUUGCGUGUGCCUGGUAUCCAAACAUGCAUGGCUUGGGAUGCAGUCACCGUUCGAGUCUGUGUAGCAAGCUACCUAGUUUAAAUAUCAACAGUACUGCCACAGCAGCAUAACAUUUGAUCUACAUCAUCAUCAAUAUUUUGUUUGGUCUACAUAGCCUUCGAGCAGCAGAGAGGCAGAAGACAGAGAGGAGCAGCUGCAUUCAGGCUGUACGACCCUCUGACCCAUCUCCAUCCCUUCAUCAGUCGGGUGUUGCACAUGUGUGUCAGGGCAGCAGCAACACAGGUAGUCUGGACUUUAGCUAACCACCAUAUACUAAAAUAUCCACACAGGCCACCAGCCAGCCAUAUACCGUAGCAUGAGUUAGAAGAGUAUGAAUAUUAUAGUAUAUAAUGAAGUUAUUAUUUAAGAGCAUUGAAGAGAAAUCACAAAAAAAUGCUAGUUAACUAUCAGGUUUACAUCAAUCAUCAACACAAUGAUCAGCUGAUAGCCUAUUGUCUUUACCCAAUGUCAAUCAUGUGUUUAGGAGGCACUAACUAGCGUGCUUACAAUUUUUGAUGAGUGAGUGUGUUGUUGCAGAAAUAAAUAGGUUUAUGUUUUUUUUUUAUCUCUACAAAGGCAGGUAGUAUGUUAUGAAUUUAGAGAUGUACUUUUUUUAAGGUGGUUGUCACUAGUUAUCACAGCCAAAAAGGCAAAAUUGGCUCUAAUGUAAAAAUGUAUGAAAACAAAAAAUAAUUUAAGGUUAGGGUUAGGCAUAAGGUUAAAAGUGUGGUUAGGGGUAAGGUUAGGUUUAAAAUCAGAUUUGAAGAAGAGAGAGGGAGAAAGAGGGAGAGGGGGAUGUGGAGACUGACAGAAAAAGAGAGAGGAAGAGAGAAUACAAGACAAAAGGGGGACAGGGAGUCAUGAAAAGAGGGAACAGAAAUUGGAAUGAUUGUGAAAAUGACAAAAUGGGGAAGAAAUACAGAUGUGCGCAUUGUGUCAAAGUGAGGAAAAAACUGAUGUUAUUUUGUUGUGAUUCGUUCCUCUGGUGCUUCAUGAUAGUUGCCUAGCUCAAAAUUAUGGUGCUUUUAAAGACCACACCUUCUCAGGACGGGGAAUUUUUCAUAUAGUAGUCUACUUUCGCUAUCUUCUUGUAAAUACAAUUUUGGGGUCAUUUUUGUUCAUGAGAUUCUACAGUCCAUCCAAUCGCAUAGCCUACCAUGUUAACCCCAUCUGCCUCUAGUGUUUGGCUUUAUGAUAAAUUGAUGACUAAUUUCAAGGAACUGCUAAAUAGAUUUUUUUUAAAUGUUUGAUACCCACUCCCUCAAGAGGGCUAAGUCAUCAAUAUAUGUGUUACUCAUAUAUUGCCUUGUAGUUUUGAAGGCAGCAAAUACUUAUACAUUUCAAAUCCUCGCAGCAAUAAUUUUUUCUUUGGUUGAUUGCUUCAUUUUGUUACUUGCUGAAGAGGGGAAACAACGGUGUUAAGUCAUGACAGACAUGCAGCUUUACUUUACCUAUGGCAAACUGUCCACGUGUCCUUUGGUACCAGACUGUUGUUCAACAUUUGCUAAUUUACCUAUUUAGAUGAGAUUGUUAUCAAUCAGUCAGCACAACAGAUAUGUACAUGGGAUUGUAUGCAUGUAUUUCUAUGUUGUAGAAAUUUGAGGAAGUAGAAUAAAACAUUGGGGGAAAUGUAAUUUUCAUAUCAAUAAAUAAAUGAUAUGCAAAUA